ACCGAUUCAGUUGGGUUUGAGGCGCGCAUGCGUACGGACGCCGAGAGAAAGAGCAGCGACUGGGCGAAAGAAAGCAGGAAAACAGGAAUCGCUGAUCGGUGGCAAAAGCAGCAACAGCAGCAGCAGAAGCGGCUGAAGAAGAAGCCGAGCGACGCCGAAUUAUAAAUGUUUACCAUUUAAGCGACGCCUAAUGGAAAUACUCUCACGUACCGCUCGCUCUCUGCUCUCUAGAAAACGCGCUCUCCCGCGUUAAAGUGAAAGUUUUCCCCACAAAAGUGGCGAAGGUCCGUUAUCUUGGCCGCUGUUCGGGCCAACUCGCAAUCAGGCAGUCAGACACACGCGGAGCGUUCAGUCGACCGGACGCAUGGUCGCUGAUUCAAAAUACAAGAUACACGAUAUAGAUACCCGAUACCAGAUUCCAGAUACUAUAUAUGUGGUGCAGUGUGUUAGUGUUUUGGUUCGAGCAACUGUAAAUUCGCAGCUGACCAAAGAAAGUGCGGUCGUCGCAAUAAAACCGAGUUUAAUUCAAUCGAAAUCGGAAUCGGAUCCACAGUUACAACUCAAUUCGCGUUCGUCGCCUAAGUCUUUCGUUUAGCGUGCUGCGCUGCCACACUGAUUUCGCACUCACGCCCGAUUUUCGGUGGCGAUUUCGAAACAAGCAGGGCUCAUAUCACAACGAGCUGCCAGACGGUCUAGGCCAAGAACUCCCCGCAGGUGUCCGGCAGUCCAGCAAACAUGUUUAAGUGGGUUACGCCGGCCUCAACGGCGACGUUGUCCCGCUGCACACUGUCAGCAGCAGCAGCAGCAGAAACAACAACAACAUCGGCAAUGGCAGCAACGAGAACAGCUACGACAACGACGAGAACAACAAGACCACAACUACUUUCCAUCGCUUUAACAAGUUUAAUAAUAAUAGUCGCAUCAUUUGUGCCGACAACAAGUGGAUUUAGAUCAAUUGAAACGAAUGGCGGCGGUCGCAAGCUGUUUGGGGGCUACCGCAUCACACCGAAGCACUGCCGAGCCACCAAGACGCUGCCCAGCUCGGAUCCACGGGCCAAUGGACCCACCAUCUGCAUGUUCAACCACGAGUGCGCCCAACGGGGUGGAGAGGUGGUGGGCGCCUGCAUGGACGGCUUCCUCUUCGGCGCCUGCUGCCAGAUCCCGCCCACCCACGAGUUGGCCAGCACGCUGAUAAACGAGGCGCAGAACGCAUACUUCCAGCAGCACCAGCAGCAGACGAAGCUCCAGCAGUCGGCAGCCCAAUCCUCGUUCGAGAGCUACGGCGAACAGCAGCAGUCACUGAGUGAGGAGCAGGGGGCACAGCAGCCGGCACAGAGCAUAUACGAUCAGCAGAACCUGGACAAAGUUUACCAGCAGCUGGGCAGCAGCAGUAGCAUCAGUCCACCCAGCGGCGCCUACGGAGCUGAGCCGCAGCAGCUGGAAUAUCAGCCGGAGUCAGAGCAACCCGUAAGGGAUGAGAAUGCGUAUCCUACCAGCAGUUCGUCCACCGAGGCCACUCAGUCGCAGUCCUCCUCCGCCAGUGUGGAAUUCGAACAGGAGCCCUCCCAACCAGCAGUUGCCUCCAACGAGCAGACCACUCAGAAGAUCAACAAGCAACCCGUCCAGCCACCCAACUUCCACGUUCACAAGCACUCCGUGACCAUCAACUCACCGUCGUCGCCUCCUCAAAACGAUGACUUCGUGAUGCAGGUGCUAAGCACCUUGCCACCUGAGCAUGCCGAUGACCAUCAUAUUGUCUUCACCACAGAGGUGCCCACCAAAAUUGCUAGUGGCUUGCAGGAUCAAACGAGCUCUGAGUCCAACUCCUUCGAAGAGGUGUCUUCAACGCCAGCAGCCACCCAAAAACCCAAACCCAAGCCAACUCAAAAGCCCACUCAAAAGACCACUCAAAAGCCCACUCAGAAGGCCACGCAGAAACCCACUCCAAAACCCACACAGAAAGCCAAGCCAAAACCAGUUCCCCAACUGGCGGAGACCAUGAAGCGACCUAUCCAACAGAAGCCACUGCAGGCGGCGAAACCUAAGCCAAGCUCCAAGCCUGCCCAGUCCACGAACAACCACCACCACAACCACUUAAUCCUGGACGGUGGUGAGUUCACGCACAGUGAUAUUACCCACCCCGGAGCAGAUGCAGAUCUCGUGGAGGAUCUGCAAUUCUCCACAGGCUAUGGACCCCAACCCGUGUACGCGGAACCACCGAAGCAACAACAGCAACCGGCGGAGCAGAGCUACAUUUCAUCCAGCACUAGUGCCAAACGCCCAACGACCGGUCAUAACAGUCCCACCACUGUUUCCUCGAUUACCACUCACGUGGACUCCAUCGAGUCCAUCAUCCUGCAGCUGAACAACACCAGUCAUGGUCCCAGCUAUAAUGUCGUGAGCCAGCAGACCCCAUCAUAUGGAUACCCUGGAGCAGCGGUGGUUCAGACUGAGGCAGCAACCCAAAAUCCAACCUUCUACCAGGAGAACGAGGCGGAGAAGGUCCAGGAGUCGGACUCGCAGUCUGACUACGGUUACACCACCACAGUUAACUACGAGUCUUCCUACGAUAAAGUUUCAGAUGAGCAGGAUGCCUCUGCUGCUCAAAGUCAGUCUGCUGAGAUGCCCACCGCUCGGCCUGGAUACGGAGAAGAUGUGUCCGCUGUGCUGGAGGACCACACGAUGCCGGCCAAUGGUUACCACGAUGCUGAGGCUCCAGUUGCUCCACAGACUUCCGAGUUCAACAAGAUGCCAGUGAUGGGAAUUGCCUAUCCAGUGGAUAUGUCCUAUAUGGAGGAGGAGGGAAAUCUGCCGGCAACUGCACCUGGCUAUGGCCAGCAAGUGAGCAGUGACUCGUAUGAGGCAAGCACUGAAUCCACCUACCAGAAGCUUUCCACAGUCCAAACGGAAGAGCCACAGCCACUCCCAGCUUACAUGCGUCCCACAACCAAUGCCAAUAAGCAAAAUCGCCCAGUGGCCUCUUACAUUGGGAUGGUGACAAUGCAAAACUAUAGCCCACAGCCAGGAAAUGGUGUUUACCAGGCCCAGGUUCCCCCAGAAGUGUCUGUGUCCUCGCACACCACCAAAGUUCAGGAGCACGUGGAUGAGACCUCUAAUGGCUAUCAGCAAUCAGAGACAACUGCCGGCUACAUUUCCCCACCAACUGCUGUGCCCGCGCCAGCACAGCGGCCUCAGUACGACGCCGUGCAAGCUGAUGCUUCCUCGGAGCGACCUGUCCUGGUGACGGCCAGUCCCAGGCCCCGACCCAAGCCCAGUACCAAGCGACCUGCCGUAAAGAGACCUAUCAGCGGAGAGAACACCAAGAAGAAACCUCAGCCACAGCCAAGUUCUGGUGCCUACAACCAGGAGAAGAUUAGCGAACAAAGCACCAAAAAACCCGUGUCCAGUGGAUACGAUCAGGUGCCCGAGUCGCCCAUCACACACAUUCAGAUCAAAAAGCCGACGGCAACUCAUCACAAGGAACAAGAACAGACUGGGUACCCCAGACCAGCCAGUCCUGCGGGAUACGAACAGACAACUGACGCUGCUCCUGCGCCAGCUGCUCCUUCUCUGAACUACGACAAGCCGGAUGCCCCAACCAGCCAGUACGAGCAGCCCUCUGCUCCGUCUGCUAGUUACGAUCAGUUGGCGCCCAUGCCGUCUCUAAACUACAACGAGCAGCAUGCUAGCUCACCAGGAAGGAAGCCCUCAACGGCCAAGCCCAUUUCCACCAGCUAUGUGACCGGACCCAGUACCCCACGACCCCCUGCCACAGUCGACUACCACUACGACAAUGUGCCCCCACUGUUCAUGGCGGACGACAAGCUAGAUGCCUUUAUCCAGAGCACGGCGGAGAACAUUGUCGGAUCGACCCCGGGCAACUACCAGCCUCCGCUGGUGGCUACCGCAUCCACGCCCGCCUACGCCCAUAGACCAACCAGCAGUGGUAGCUAUGGCCAUAAGAAGCCUGGUUUCGUACAGAUCAAUGGAACACCCAAGCCUCCCAGACCGACGGUGCUCAUUACACCCAAGCCCACUACCAUAAAUCUAGUGACUUACAGCUCUUUAAGCGACGAUAACAAUAAGCUGGCCUCCAGCACGAGUUCCUAUGUGACCGGAAGACCAGGAGCACAGGGAGUAAGUUCUAACGACUUCGAAGAUCCUGGAUACUUUGGCAGCAGCCCCGUCCAUGUGGCCUUCACGGAAUCCACCACGGAGACCGUCUAUGCAGUGCCCUCCGAUGACAAACCAGCUUUCCCUGGAUACUUCGGACCGACGCCCUCGUAUCCCGCCUUCUCAGUUCCUGGCGAGAAAGUGGGCCAGAAUGUGAUGGAGGAGACCUACACCUCGCCCAAUGACUUCGUCAACUUCCCGCCGGUGAGGAACCCCAAUCUGAACAUGUCGGCUGCCUCCAGCGCAGUGACCAGCGAUCUCGACCUCUCCACCCCCGCCUUCGUGGAGGACGUGGUGCUCAAGGACAAGAUGCACACGUUGGUUCACAAGUUGGUGGCCUCACUGCAGGGUAACUUUGAGGCCCUGGCCGAUAUGAUCGAAGAGCCUGGAAGUAACAAGACCGUGGCCACCUACCAGGCCGGAGCAGGUGGAACUGCGAAGCCUGUGAGAGUGGUAACCACACGGAAGCCUGUCAGGACAGCCACCACAGCCAAGCCCAAGGUAACCACAAAGAAACCAGUGUCCCGGGUCACGACCAAGCCUCCUAACAAGAAGACCUCCGCGGUCAGCACCACCACUCGCAAGCCCGCGACGCGCCGCACCACCGUUGCCGCCAAGGUAACCACCACCACUCGGAGACCGGCGACGAAGAAGCCAACGCGUCGGGUAAGCAGCACCGUGAAGACCACGACCAUAAGUUCGCCCAGGCCGGCGGACGACGAGAUCGUGGACGAGGAGGACGAAGAGGACGUUAACCCGAAUCCCAGCGACAACGAGAUUGACCAGGGAGCUACCUUGAGCUCGUACGGCGGAGCCAAUGGUCGGAAGAUUCAGUGCGGCGUGCGGCCCCAUGUCAAGUCCGGCCGCAUUGUCGGCGGCAAGGGCUCCACCUUCGGCGCCUACCCCUGGCAGGUUCUCGUCCGGGAGUCCACCUGGCUGGGCCUGUUCACCAAGAACAAGUGCGGCGGCGUCCUAAUCACCAGCCGCUACGUCAUCACCGCCGCCCAUUGUCAGCCCGGAUUCCUCGCUUCUCUGGUGGCUGUUAUGGGUGAGUUUGACAUUUCCGGCGACCUGGAGAGCAAGCGCUCAGUGACCAAGAACGUCAAGCGCGUCAUUGUCCACCGGCAGUACGAUCCGGCCACGUUCGAAAACGACCUGGCCCUGCUGGAACUGGACAGUCCAGUGCAAUUCGAUACCCAUAUAGUGCCCAUUUGCAUGCCCAAUGAUGUGGCGGACUUCACUGGACGCAUGGCGACCGUGACCGGAUGGGGACGCCUUAAGUACGGAGGUGGAGUGCCAUCUGUUCUCCAGGAGGUGCAGGUGCCGAUUAUCGAGAACAGCGUUUGCCAGGAGAUGUUCCACACUGCUGGACACAACAAGAAGAUUCUCACCUCCUUCCUGUGCGCCGGCUAUGCCAAUGGACAGAAGGAUUCCUGCGAGGGUGACAGUGGCGGACCGCUGGUGCUGCAACGACCGGAUGGACGCUACGAGUUGGCCGGAACCGUCUCCCACGGCAUCAAGUGUGCGGCGCCGUAUCUGCCAGGUGUCUAUAUGCGCACCACCUUUUACAAGCCGUGGCUGCGCAGCAUAACGGGCGUAAAAUAGGCAGUCUUUUUGGAGUUUCCAUGGUCUCCCCAUCCCAGAGAUGGCCAACGCCAACUAGCUGCUGAGGCAGGAGCACCAAGUGUAAAUAGAACGUAGAGUUUUAAGAGUCGCGGUUAGGAGCGUGCGAAAGUUGGCUCAUCUUCUGCGACGUCGCAUUUUCGGACCCCUUCCUCAAACCCCCUCCAUGCUACCAUCAUUUCAUUAGCUUAAUUGAAAAUCAACUGCAGCACCUUCAAACGAAAUUCGCCGGGGAUUUCCACAUUCCGAUAAUGCGAUAUUUCGCUUGACCAGGCUGCAGAUUCCGUUUUUUUGAGUACGCGUGCCUAACACUUGUAGAGUCUGAAUGAGAAUUACGCUGAUUGCAAACCGUAGGCCUAAGACAUAUUUAUUCUAGUUCUAAGCCUAUUUAUUUGACUAUUUAUUUAUUUAUGUGACGUGACGUCACGAAGCGCGGCGAUUUGUGCGUUUGAUUCAACUAAAAAAAAUUGUUAUCUUCAUAGGCAAAUUGUUGUUAUGUUCAAAUGAGAGCGAGAGCAAAUGUUUUUAGUUCAAUUGAAUUUACUAAUUUAUCGGUUUAUAUUAUUAAUUCUUUUAAAUGAAUAUGUUAACUGUUAAGUGAACGAACAAAUCGAAAAGAGAUCGAAAUAAACGACAUACACUUUAGUAAAACCAA